UUCUCGAUUUUCGAUUGAAUUUCGAAACCUCGACGAAUUCCGCCUCUCAACUUGAAAACUCCAGGCGCUGCACAACGACUGCUCCGCGCCCUAAUUUUCAGCCCAUCAGUAACCGGAACGGUAUUUACUGCCUUCGAAUCCAGAAAUAUCACCACCCUCAGGCGUCGCGAUAAGAAUGGAGUCUUCCUUAGGCGACCUGAUUGGCGCCCUUCCCGAGGGUCCGGGAUGGGGUCCUCCGGUGACCUCGGAGACCACCCUCGACGGCGUCCCGUAUGCCCCGUUCUCCAAGGGCGACAAGCUGGGCCGCAUGGCCGACUGGACCGCCGAUGGCAAGGACGGAAGGGAUGGCCGUGGCGGCCGUAUGCAGUACAAUAGAAACUAUCGAGAUCAGCAAGUAUACGGCGCUGGUACAGCCUCGCUCUUCGCCGCGCCAGCUGCUGAGGACGAGUCCUCCUUCUCGGUUGUCAGCAACGUCCGCGACACCGGCAAGUCACGCUUCGGCCGUGGAGCCAUCUUCACACGCGGCGGUCGUGGCCAGCGGGGACAACGCGGGGACGCCAGGGGGGGUCGCCAACAGUUCCAGCGCUCCGGACGGGGUCAACCAUACGGCGGCGGAUAUGACAAUCGGGGCGGUGGCCGGGGCAAUGCUGGUGCUAGGGGUAGGCGUUUUGGCUGGAAGGAUUACGACAAGCCUGCUAGGAACAGGGACGCCUCCAUCAACAUCAAGGCGGACUGGAAUCUGCUUGAGGAGAUUGACUUCAACCGCCUGAGCAAGCUGAACCUGGACGCCGACGAAGGCGAGGAUAUCGACGGCUACGGCUUCGUCUACUACUACGACCGGUCCUACGACAAGCAGCCCGUCAAGGCGACAGAGCGGAAGCUGAACGUCAUGGAUCGUGCGGCGUACAAUGUGACCACCUCGUCGGACCCGGUCAUCCAGGAGCUCGCCGAGAAGGACGAGGCGACCAUCUUCGCCACAGAUAGCGUUCUCUCCAUGCUCAUGUGCUCGUCUCGCUCGGUCUAUCCCUGGGAUAUCGUCAUUGUGCGCCACGGCAACAAGAUCUUCCUCGACAAGCGAGACAACGCCGCGCUGGACAUGGUGACCGUCAACGAGAACGCCGCCGACGCCCCGCUCGAUGCCUCCGAGGGCAGCAAGGACGUGAUCAACCAGCCGGCCGCGCUGGCGGAGGAAGCCACCUAUAUCAACCACAACUUCGCCAACCAGGUCGUCCUCGAGAACGAGAGGCAGAAGGUCGAGAUGGAGCACGAGAACCCCUUCUACAACGCGUCCGAGGAGACGGCGCCGCCGGCUUCCAAGGCGUACAAGUACAGGAAAUUCGAUCUCUCGACUAGCGAUGGAGAGCCCGUUUACCUGAUCGUCCGGACAGAACUCGAUGCGGUCCAGAAGAACGCGAUAAGCGGCGAGGACCAGUUCGUCACCGUCCACGCGCUCAAUGAGUUCGACAGCAAGGCGCAGGGCAGUGGCGGCGCGCUCGACUGGCGGACCAAGCUCCUCAGCCAGCGCGGUGCUGUCGUCGCCACCGAGAUGAAGAACAACAGCGUCAAGCUGGCGAGGUGGACAGUGCAGAGCAUCCUGGCCAAGGCGGAUGUCAUGAAGCUUGGCUUCGUGUCCCGUGCCAACCCCAAGUCGAACGAUAAGCACGUCAUCCUGGGCGUUAUAGGCUGGAAGCCCCGCGAUUUCGCCAACCAGAUGAACCUGUCGCUGUCCAACGGCUGGGGCAUUGUCCGCACCAUUGCCGACAUGUGUCUCAGCCGCGAGGAGGACAGCAAGUUCGUGCUGGUAAAGGACCCCAACAAGUCCAUCCUGCGCCUCUACGCCGUCCCGGCCACGAGCUUCGACGAGGAUGCGGACGACGCUGACGAGGUUGAGGAGCCGGCCGAGGCAGAGGAAUAGUUUCGGGCGCUUGUUUACGAAGUCUCGGGAGAGGAAAAUAGGUAAAGAGGCCGGGGUCAUAUUCCAUGUAGUGCUGAGGCAUAGAUACGGCGGGUCAAAAUGGAACAACAGGAGGUUCGUGGAUAGCAGAAUGCACACUGUGCCGUGCGCACAGACCAUAUAAUUCUGACUUCACCUCGCAUUUUGAAGAGCUCGAACAUCUGGG